AUGAAUUCCCUUAAACAGAUAUCAGAAUACUGCGUGAUUAAUGGGAUUUCGCAAGGCUUAGACAUUGAUCUCUUACCGUCACAGCCUCCGAGUCUUCGUCGGCAACAUCUCUGUUCUACUCCUCCGACGCUUCACAUGGCUGAAAAUCUCCAUUCAGCUAUUCAAGCUAUGUCCCUUCAUGAUGACGAUCCCAUUGAUCUGCCAGACGAUCCAUGCUCCAACGUCUUUGAUGGGAAUUCUCUGAGCAUCUUGGGAAGACUCUUAAAUCCAGCUCGUCAGCAAAUGGACAAGAUGAUAGAAGACAUGCCGAGAGUUUGGAGAGUUUAUGGCAGAGUGCGGGGUAUCGCACUAUCCGCUGAGAAGUUUCAGUUCAUAUUUCAACGCGAAGAAGACAUGAUCACAGUGUUGAAUGACCAUCCUUGGACUUAUUACCAGUGGACAAUGCUUCUUGACCGUUGGAUACCAUCUCCUCCUGCAAAUUUCUUGUCCUCUGUUGAUGUAUGGGUUCGCAUCUUUCACAUUCCGGUGAAUCAUUACAACAUUGAUACGAUGAACUUUCUGGCCAGCAAGAUUGGUCAUGUGCUGGAAAUAGCCUAUGAUCCGAAGGUUUCUCAGAAAGAACUCUACAUACGAGCUCAAGUUUAG